ACACCAGUGUCAUUUUGAAGUCUGAGCGCGUGUGACUACUACACCGGCACGUCCAUAUUGGAGAUAAGGUGGAGUAAAAGACAGAAAACAAAGCUACAUACCAACCACAUGAACAGAACAUUUAGUAUCCUGGGUAUGAGCCUGGCUUGUGUUGAGGAAUAAACGCGGUUACCGGUUGUUUCUGGGAGGACAUUUUUAAAAAAGGAGCGCAAAACAUUGUUACUGUGUGGUGCCCACAUGCAGAAAUGACCACUGAUCAGGAUUUUCCUAUGGAUGCCCAGUCAGCCACAGCCGUGUUUGCUGCAAAGGGCACUGAUGUAACUCCCAAUAAAGACCAAGGAGUUAUCAAGGUUGUGAAAUGUCCAGGGUUAGAUGGAGACCGACCAAUGAUUGGGGACACAGUGACUGUCCACUACACUGGAAAGCUGCUCACAGGGAAGACGUUUGACUGCACUCGAGAACGCAAAGAACCUUUUCACUUUAAAGUGGGCAAGGGACAAGUCCUCAGGGCGUGGGACAUCAGCGUGCUGUCCAUGCAGAGAGGAGAGGUUUGCAUGUUUCUGUGUAAACCAGAGUAUGCUUAUGGACCUGUUGGAAAUCCCAACAGAAUUCCUCCAAACUCUACAGUAGUGUUUGAGAUGGAGCUCCUUGGUUUCGAAGGAGAGAUUCUUACAGAUGACAGCGGAAUCAUAAGAAGAAUAAAGGUCAAAGGGGAUGGUUACACUAAUCCCAAUGAUGGAGCAAGUGUUGACGUGCACCUGAAGGGGAGUUGUGGUGGCCGACUGUUUGACUGCAGGGACGUCAGCUUUAUUGUUGGAGAGGCUGAGGAUAAAGGUGUUCCCCUGGGAGUGGACCGAGCCAUGGAUAAGAUGCAGAGAGGAGAGUGCUGUAUACUUUACUUAAAACCAAAGUAUGGUUUUGGAAGUGAAGGCAAACCAGAGUAUAACAUUGGACCAGACACAGACAUUGUAUAUGAGGUUACGCUCAAAGACUUUAAAAAGGCUAAAGAAUCCUGGGAAAUGGACUUGAAUGAAAAGCUGGAGCUGGCUGCUGGAGUAAAGCAUAAGGGGAAUCAGUAUGUUAAGGCAGGGCGGAAUUACCAGGCAAUCAUCCAGUACCAUCGCAUCAUUUCCUGGCUAGAGAUGGAGUGUGGUACUGGGAUAGAGCAACAAAAGAGGAUACAAGAGUUUGUAUUGACAGCGCACCUCAAUUUAUCAUUGUGUUUCUUGCGCUUAAAGGAGUUCUCACAAGUAGUGGAGAACUGCAACAAGGUGAUUGAGCUUGAUGAGAGCAAUGAGAAAGCUUUGUAUCGUCGUGGGGAAGCGCGUCUCCUAUCCAACGAGUUCAGCCUGGCCAUGGCUGACUUUCAGCAAGUGCUUCAAAUCAACCCCUCAAACCGGGCAGCUCAUGGCCAGAUUACCAUUUGCCAGGGAAAGAUUAAAGAACAUCAUGAACAGGAAAAGAAGACCUACGCCAACAUGUUCCAGAAAUUUGCAGAAAGGGACACCAAGGUUUGGACAUCAAAGAGGAGGCGGGACGAAAGUCUGAGGAACUGCGUGAAUGGUGAUGUGGGCAUUAAACGACGGCGGAGGAGUCGUGACUGUCCAUCGAAACAGUGAUAUUUGAAAGGGAGAAAAAAGAAGGACAUGAUUCCCUUUACUUUCCAAGCCCAGGGAGCAGAGGCAGGAAUGAA